CUCAAUGUUUCAUAACACAGAUUUCUGCUCUUCAAAGGAAUCAGAUCCGUGAGUGAAUCUCUGGGAAAUCGAGACACAUAAUGUUUCAGGAAACAAAACCUGGAUCUGCACCAAACUCUGCUGAGUUCCUCCCGGAGUCCGACCGCAGCCGCUCGCCACGAUUCAAGGAAACCACUUCUCUUGUUUCUGUGGAAUCCGGCUCUUUCAUAACCAAUUUUGCGGAUCUUAUAAAAAUACAAUUUAGUUUGAUUUAGUGUCUCUGCAUCGCCACAUGUGUUACUUUAACCACUCCUUCAUUUAUCUAUGAUUGUUUGUGCUGUUAACUUACAGAUCUGAGCCGACACAGUUACACUUUGUGCAGGAGGAGAAUGUUUUCACUUUGUUUGUUGUUGAGCAGGAUUCAGCACAAACCUCUGGACAGAUCAACAUGGAAACAGGAGGCGUCAGGAAACCAGACUUUACAUUUUCACGAGGAUCCAGAAAAUCUGUUUCACUUCCUCUGCAGCGUCUCCUGCAGAAUCCAGUCUGUGGCUGGAGCUGGGCCGGACGUCGCUCUCAAGCACAAACCGAUUGGGAGUGACAGUCCUCAGACACGGUGGUUCACAGACACGUCGGCAGCAUGAACACGCUCCUCAUCGGCCAGGUCAUCGGCAUCAUCCCCAUCUCUGCCCUCCUGCUCUUCCUCCUGGCCAAGCUGGUUUCUCGCCACCGCCCCGGCCCCAUGCAGGACGGCCGCGGCUACGCUGUGCUGAUCACGGGCUGCGACAGCGGCUUCGGACACGCGCUGGCUCGAUGCCUCCACCUCAAAGGGUUUGUGGUGUUCGCCGGGUGCUUGUAUCCGGAGGGAAUCGGGGCCCAGAGUCUGUCCAGGCAGACGUCCAGCAGUCUGACCAUCCUCAAGCUGGACGUCACCAAGGACGAAGACGUGAAGCAGGCCAAGAAGAUGGUCCAGGACAACCUGCCGGAGAAGGGUCUGUGGGCCGUCGUGAACAACGCUGGGAUCACAGACUGGUCCGAGAUCGAGUGGAGCACGUUUCAAGAUUUCCACAACAUGGUGGACAUCAACCUGUUUGGCUGCAUCAGGACGUCCAUCGCAUUCCUGCCUCUGGUCCGAGCUGCCAAAGGUCGGAUGGUUUAUGUGUCGAGCAUCUUCUCCUUCUUCAACUGCCCCAACAUGGGAGCGUACAGCGUGUCCAAGAGGGGCCUGGAGGCCUUCGCCGACUGCUUGAGGGUCGAGAUGGCCAGUUUUGGUGUGAAGGUCAGCAUCAUCCAGCCGGGGAAUUUCGGCCAAGCCACCAACAUCAUCCGGAUGAAGUCGGGCCUGGACAUCUGGGAGAAGCUGGACGACGAGCGCAAGCAGACCUUCAACCGGCAGUACAUCGAGCUGGCCAGCGAGUACUUCCUCUCCACGUGCAAGGCGGGGUUCAAGGACACGGCGCUGGUCAUCAACGCCAUGAUGCACGCGGUCAUGUCCGGGCAGCCCAAGUACAGAUACCUGCUGGUCUCAGUGCUGGACCGGUUCUUCUUCCAGCUGCACCCGCUCCUGCCCACGGUCUUUACUGACGGUGUGUUUUCUCUCAGCUCCAUGUACGGGAAAAGAAAAGAGAUGCUUUACGCCAAGUAGGACAAACACGGGUCGCUCGUGGGAGAUGCUUUGUUUGGGUUGUGAAUCAUUCUGUUGUGUGUGUUAUUAUUAUUGUUAUUAUUUGAGUGUAACGGAUGUUGUUGUAUAUUUUUAUUAUUUGUCUUGUAUGCUUUCUACUGUUCCCUACAUUUCCUAUACAAGAAAAACAGAGAGUAUCUUUAUCACUGAGUUGAAAUGAGCUGUUUGUUCAUCUGUGUCAAACUCGUCAUGUAAAUCAAUAAAAAUCUCUCCAAUAACACGA